AUGGCACCUGCAGCUGCUACUGACUCCAUCCGCGGCACUUCGGCCGCCCCGGGCGCCGAAACGGCCGGGCACAAGGCUAUUUACUUUAGCAAGUUCGACGUCACCGACCAGACCUUUUACGAGACGGAGCACGCGGUUGCCAUAGUCAACCUCAAGCCUGUCGUGCCGGGGCAUGUCCUUGUGAUUCCACGCACGCCUCACAAGCGCCUUGCUGAUAUUCCGGCUCAUGAGCUCGGCGCCCUCUUUGAGGCUGUCCAAAGUGUCGGUCGCGUCGUUGAGAGCGCUUACAGCGGCGACUCGCUUUCCAUUGCCGUGCAAGACGGUGCCUCAGCUGGUCAGACCGUUGAGCACGUCCACGUCCACAUUCUCCCUCGCCGUGAGCGUGAUAUUGAGCCGAACGACAAGGUGUACGACAUGCUCGAGGCAUUUGGCCUCGAGUUGCGUGACGUGCACUCGGGCAAGCAAAUGGACAGCGAGCGCAGGCCACGUUCCAAGGCACAGAUGCAGGAAGAAGCAAAGUGGCUUAAGGAGCAGUGCAAGCAGGUGCUCGGUUCGCAGCGCGGGGGCAAGCUGCCUGUGACGCUGCUGAGUGGCUUUUUGGGAUCCGGGAAAACCACAUUGCUGCGUCACAUUCUUUCAAGUCCAGACCAUGGGCUGCGCAUCGCUGUCAUUGUGAAUGACAUGAGCGAGCUCAACAUUGACGCCCAGCUCAUUGCCGGCCGCAAGCUGAUCCAGGGCAACGAGAACCUCGUGGAGCUGUCGAACGGUUGUGUUUGCUGCACGCUGCGUGCAGAUUUGCUCGAGCACGUCGCGAUGCUGGCGCAAGACAAGCACAUCGACUACCUGCUUGUUGAGUCGAGUGGUAUUUCGGAGCCGAUGCAAGUCGCCGAGACGUUCAGUGCCGAAUUUUCCGAUAACGCCGUGGAAGACGAACGCCUCGCUGCGAUUCUCCGGAAGGGCGGUCUGCCAGCCGUGGCGCGGCUCGACACGUGUUGCACAGUUCUUGAUGCAGCGAACGUGUUUCACGACUUUUACACGACUGACUUCUUGGUCGAUCGCCAUGCCGGCAUGGUGCCUGAGGAGGACGACCGCAAUAUUAGUGACCUCAUGGUCGACCAGCUCGAGUUUGCUGAUUGCGUGAUUGUGAACAAGAGCGACCUAGUCUCGCCAGAAGCUCUCCAGCAGGUCGUGGCCCUCGUCAAGAAGCUGAAUCCGAGUGCCCACAUUAUCCCUGCCUCACACGGCCGCGUCGACAUCAAGGCCGUUCUUGGAACGAACAGCUUUAGCUUUGAGAAGGCAGCUCUCAGUGCUGGAUGGCUGCGUAGUCUCGUGGAGGAAGUACAGCCAGAGACGGCUGAGUAUGGUAUCAGCAGCUUUGUGUACCGCUCGCGCCGCCCCUUCCAUCCCGAGCGUCUGUGGAACACGAUACGCCAGUGCUUUGUCGUGAUCCAGGAAGAAUUUAUUGAUGACGGUGUCGAGCCUGAGGAUGCCACUAAGGAGGAAGCGGAAGACAUGGACCCUGAAGACGCCCCGCACGAUGCUGCUGAGGAUGAUGAUGCUCAGCCGGCGCUGCAUCCCGAGGCACGCCUGCAGUGCAAGCGAGAGUCGGCUGUAUGGAGCCCGCUUCUGCGCUCCAAGGGCUUUUUGUGGCUAGCGACGCGCCCACUUUUGUUUGGCGAGUGGUCUCAGGCCGGCAUCAUGCUCACACUUACCGGUGGUGCUCGUUGGCGCUGUGAAGUGCCGGACGAAGAGUGGCCUGAGGAUGAGGAGAUUUGUGCGGCCAUUCGCCGUGACUUUGAUCCGUCGACACCGUGGGGCGACCGCCGCCAGGAGCUUGUAUUUAUCGGACGCGGCAUCGACCACAAGCUAAUCACAGAGACGAUGGACAAGUGCUUGCUAAACGACGACGAAUGGGCGCAGUGGGUCGAUGUCAUGAGCCGCAAGGACGUGUCAAUCGAGGACAAGCAAAACAUGCUUGUGGACAUUUUUGACGAUGGAUUCGAAGACUGGGUCGAUGGUGAGGCCGUAGACCAUGAUCAUGAUCAUGAUCAUCACAUGGACGAGUCCUAA